UGGUAAGUGCUAUCCAUCAUAAGUUCCAUUUCUCUCUCCAAUAUAAAAACCAAGCCAACCUCUCAAAUGUAUCUAUCUAUCUAUCUACUUCACUUCCAUUUAUACUUAGCGCUGCUUUCUCAGAGCAACCAAACAAUACACUCCUCAAAUGGCGGUGACUCUCUUUUCUACAAUCUUUUUAGCUUUUCUUUUUGCUGUUUCAGCUUUUGCUUCUCUUCAGCCUAGAAUACCAGAAGUUUAUCUUCAAAAUGGAAACUUUGAGGAGAAGCCAAACCCAAAAGACCUGAAAAAUACAAAACUCAUAGGAAAAUACUCACUGCCAAAAUGGGAAAUCAAUGGUUUGGUUGAGUAUGUUUCUGGAGGUCCACAACCAGGAGGCAUGUUUUUCCCAGUGUCUCAUGGAAUACAUGCUAUUAGGCUUGGAAAUGAUGCUUCAAUUUCUCAAACAAUUAAGGUCAAACCUGGUCAACGUUAUGCUCUAAUUCUCGGCGCAUCAAGGACUUGUGCACAAGAUGAAGUUUUGAGAAUCUCUGUCCCUCCACAAACCGGUGAUGUUCCUUUGCAAACAUUGUAUAGUCUCGAUGGCGAUGUUAUUGCUUGGGGAUUUAAAGCUACGUCUAAUGUUGCUAAAGUGACUUUUCAUAACCCUGGUGUUCAAGAAGAUCCUGCUUGUGGUCCACUUCUUGAUGCAAUUGCCAUUAGAGAGUUUUAUCCUCCAAUGCCUACAAGAGCUAAUUUGGUGAAAAAUCCUAGCUUUGAGGAAGGUCCAUUCCCAAUUUUCAACUCAACCAAUGGCGUUUUACUCCCACCGCAACAAGAAGAUCUCUUUUCACCACUUCCUGGUUGGAUCGUCGAGUCUCUCAAAGCAGUGAAAUUCAUCGACUCAAAGCAUUUCAACGUCCCAUUUGGACUAGGAGCAAUUGAGCUCGUUGCCGGCCGAGAAAGCGCCAUCGCUCAAAUCCUCAGAACAGAAACUAACAAAGUCUACAAAAUGACAUUCUCGGUUGGAGAUGCGAAAAAUGGCUGUCAUGGAUCAAUGAUGGUUGAAGCAUUCGCUGCAAAAGAUACUUUUAAAGUUCCGUUUAAAUCGGAAGGGAAGGGUAAAUUCGUAACUGUGAGUUUCAAGUUUAAAGCUAUUGCACCAAGGACUAGACUUACAUUCUACAGCUCUUUCUAUCAUACUAGAAUUGAUGAUUUUGGAUCUCUUUGUGGUCCUGUUCUUGAUCAGGUUAUAGUCUCCCCUUUGGCCUAAAUAUGAAUUUAAGUUAUAGAGUUUUAAUGUAAGGUAUGGUAAUUGAGAUUUUUGCAAGUCUUUUGAGCUGUGUUUUUUGUAUAAUUGCAUGAAUAUUAAAUAUAAUAUUUUCUCAACUAUUAUUCAGUUAUCA